AUGGAGGCACCAUCACAGGAAAUUGGCGAGUCGAUUCCUAACAACACGCCGCACGCCGUGAGCGUGACGCUGCCGACGUGGGAGGCCACUGUGGGCUACGAGAGAGGCGAGGAUUGGGUUGUCCAGAGAAUGAAGCUCGGGUACCCACGAUUCUUCAUCCACUCUAAGAUCAAGGAGCUGUGUGCUCUUGUUGAGGAGAAGUUUGGGCGUGAGGGCGAACGGGCGUUCGUAUUCCCAAGCUAUGCGGUGGCGAAGCGUUGUAGGGAGUUUGUGAAGGAGAAGACGUCGAAUGCUCCGCUGCCAACGAUCAGAAUCUUGCAGUUGUCCACGCCUCCUCCAAGGUCCAAGGAAGAGGAGAGUUACCGUAAAGAAGCGCACAUUGCUGCUGUGUUUGUCCCUGAGUCUGAGUUUGUGCUGGCAAAGAACUACUGGCAGCACUCAGGCGAGGGCAUCUCUUCCAGACUAGGUGAAUAUGUCCUGCAGGAGUUGAAGAUUGUCGAUAACAACCUACAAGAGGAUAAGGACAAGGAGUACAAGGUGUUCAUCGAGGAGAGGUUCGGAAGAAACCUGGACUUGGGGUUCACGUCCGAGGCCAAGACUGCACUGAGAAGACGUAUUGCCGGUGUUAUGGACGAAGCGUCCCCUGUUGCUGGUCGCGUUGAUGAAGACGACGUGUUCCUGUACCCUUCUGGUAUGGCUGCGAUCUUCAAUGCCCAUCUAUGUCUGCUGAAGACUUUGCCAAAUGAAAAGUCGGUGUGCUUUGGAUUCCCAUACGUCGACACCUUGAACAUCCUGAAGAAAUUCGGACCAGGUGUUCAUUUCUACGGGUUUGGAGAUGACGAUUCGCUCGACGAGUUGGAGGCUAAGCUAUCACAAGGUGAAAAGAUCCUCGGAUUGUUUUGCGAGUGUCCUUCCAACCCAUUGCUAAAGACACCAAACUUGAAGAGAAUCCACCAAUUGUCACUGACGUACAAAUUCCCGGUGGUUGUUGAUGAGACAGUUGGAAACUUCUUGAACAUUGACGUUAGACCGUACACCGAUAUUAUCGUGUCAUCUCUGACAAAAGUGUUCUCGGGAGACUCCAACGUGAUGGCAGGCUCAUUGGUGAUCAACCCAGCUUCACAAUUCUACCCGUUGUUCCAGCAGUACUUCAGACAGAACUACGAAGAUAUCUUCUGGGCAGAGGACGCGAUCUACUUGGAGAGAAACUCUCGUGACUUUGAAUCCAGAUCGCAUAAAGUGAACGUGAACUCUGAAGCCGUUGUUGAUCUCUUCCAAAAAUGCCCCAUCAUAACACAGGUGUUCUAUCCAAAGGUCAACGAUUCAAGAAAAUACUAUGAAGAUAUCAAGACACCUAAUGGAGGCUAUGGUGGGCUGAUCUCCAUAGUUUUCCAAAAGCAGGAACAGGCCGUUGCAUUCUUUGACUCCUUGGAACUGUCUAAAGGUCCAUCACUGGGCACUAACUUCACACUCGUAUGCCCAUACGCCAUUCUGGCUCAUUACCAAGAACUAGACGAGGUUGAAAAAUGGGGAAUCGAUAGAAACUUGGUUAGACUGAGCAUUGGUCUUGAAGAUCAAGAUGCUCUAUUGCAAACAAUGCAGAUGGCUUUGAAUUUGGCAAUCCAGGCCUAAGCAAUCACAGCUAGAUAUCCACCAAUGGAUGGCAUCGAUACGAAACAGAAAUGAUCCAACUCAUAAAGUCACAACACUUUUCUCUCUCUUGUUUUGUCUUUUCUCUUUUUUUAUCAAAAUGAUCCAACUCAUAAUGACCCAUAAUGAUCCAACUCAUAUCACAUUUAAACAGAAACGAAAUUUAUCACACGAAGAUGACCCAAGCCACGCCGUCACCAUGUUCUAUGGUACCAUUACCAUGACGACAAUUUUAUAGAGCCUGUACUUACACAUCGAUAUGAAUUUUUGGUGCAGAGAUCCAACUCUUCUGCCUAUCACACAUCAGAU